AUGAAAAAGUUUAUUCCAAAAUAUUUACAACAACAACGCGCUUAUAAUUCUAAAAAUCGAAAUCGACGUCGAACAAGGCGUAAACAUUUAAGGAAUACUGAUUGUGACGAAGAUAUAGUUAAUUAUAAUGAUGACGAAAAGGAGUAUGAUUAUGACGAUGAAAUUGAAGAUGUUGACGAUAUUGAUGGUAGCAGUGGAAAUCUGAGUAGACAUAAUUAUGUUAUCAACGAACAGAAUUAUGUGAAGAAGAGAUCUAUUAUGUCUUCACAUAAUUAUGCAGAUAUAAAAGAUAUUUUAACUUAUCGGAAUACAUCGGAUAGUUGUAUAUUUUAUUUAACGUUAAAUUCCAAUAAAUUAAUUGGACCAUUUAUAUUUCAUCCGCAUUUGAAUCAAGAACAAGAUAAAUACACAGAUAUAUUUGUACAAAGUGGAAAAAUAAAUACGUUUAAUCCUAAAGAUCUUUUAAACAUGAGAAACCAUCGUGAAAUUCCGGUGAGUAAAGUACAAAUCACUGAUCAAAUUCUUGAUGCUGCUUAUGAUUUAGAACGUUUCAUACUUGAUGAAACUAGAAGAAGUCAUUAUCCUAUAAACCCUCCAUAUGUUGAUCAUAAUUUAACACAAAUAAUCAAUGAUUUAAUUGGUAAUACACAAUUUACUAUUACAGCUACACCAGUGGUACAAAACGAAUUAUUUGUAAAAAAUUCAAAAAGUUAUAAAAAGCAAAUAACCAAUCUUUACCGUAUUUUAGAUGAAUUACGUGAACAAAUAAAUCAAUUGAAGGAAGAGAAUAAAAAUUUACGUACACAGUUAGAAGAAUACAAAAAUUGGGUUGAUAAAAACCGUGAAAAACAAUAUAUUGAAGGUUCGGAUGAAAAAGUCAAUGAAUCGACAUUCAGAUGGCAUGCAAAAUUAAACGCCCUUUUGGAUCAAUAUAGAGCAGAAAAUGAAAUUCUAAAAUCUCAUAAUUACACUCUUAAUCAAUCUCAGCAAGCGUUGUAUCAAGACCAAGAGUUAAUGCAACAACAGAACAAUAAAUUGAAACAACAAGUAGAUGAACUUAAAAGAUCACAGAAUCUUAUCUUAGCCAGAUCUCAGUCAGUAUUACGUGAAGAAAGAGAACGUAUGAAUAGAGAACAAGAAGAACUAAGUCGAGAGUUAGCAAAUGUAAAAAAAAAACUGGCUCAGUCACCAACCCAAUGUCCCAUUCAUCAAGGACCUCGACGGUCCAAUAUACCAGUUCCAAACAAUGAUAUUUAUUCUGUUCAUGAUUGUCCAAAACAUCCUAUACUUAGCAAACAAGAUGGAGAACCAACCAGAAUGAAAAGAGUUCGUAUCUGUUCUGCCGCUCAUUCAUCUAGAUUACCAAGAUUGAAUAUCCCUGGUCACACAGUUAAUGUACCGAUAAUGAACCAAGAACAACCAAUGAAUGGAAUUUUAUAA